UGAGACCACUGGAAGAUGCAGAAAUCAGUUCAUCUUCCUCCUCCAGGGAAAAAAAAUGAACCCCUGAGGGAUAGAAAGGCUCCUCACGAUCCCUUAUUUCCAUCUCUUUGUAGUGUAGGGUUUGGUGUUGCUCCCUUGCCCCAUAACCACGGUGCUGAUGAUGCUCCUGCCCUUCAAGCAGGAGGGAUUUUAUCACAGGUGGAGAGAGACUUUGAAAGGGAAUAUGGAAAGCUGCAGCAAUUGGAAGAUCAGACCAAAAAACUUCAGAARGAUAUGAAGAAAAGCACAGAUGCAGAUUUGGCCAUGUCCAAAUCUGCAGUGAAGAUCUCCUCAGACCUUCUGUCCAACCCUCUGUGUGAGCAGGAACCCGCUUUCCUCGAGAUGGUGACAGCCUUCGACACGGCCAUGAAGAGGAUGGACUCCUUCAACCAGGAGAAGGUGAAUCAGAUCCAAAAAACSGUCAUAGAACCUUUGAAAAAGUUCAGCAGUGUCUUCCCGAGCCUGAACAUGGCAGUGAAACGCCGGGAGCAGACGCUCCAGGAUUACAAACGGCUGCAAUCCAAGGUGGAAAAAUAUGAGGAAAAAGAGAGGACUGGUCCUGUGCUGGCCAAGCUGCACCAGGCCCGUGAGGAGCUGCGCCCGGUGAAGGAGGACUUUGAAGCCAAGAACAAGCAGCUCCUGGAGGAGAUGCCCAAAUUCUACAGCAGCCGCAUCGAUUACUUCAAACCCAGCUUCGAGUCGCUGGUCCGGGCACAGGUUGUCUACUACACGGAGAUGCACAAGAUUUUCGGGGACCUGACGGCGCAGAUCGACCGGCCCGGGCUGAGCGACGAGCAGCGCGAACGCGAGAACGACGCCAARCUGGGCGAGCUCCGCGCCCUCUCCAUCGUGGCCGACGAUUGAGGCGACGCUGGGGGUGGCCGAGGGGAUGGGGGUCACCCCCUGCACCCCAAAUCCCACGCCAGGGAUGGACUCGAGGGGCUGGAGCUGCUCCCAUCCCGAUGAAGUUGGGGGGUACAGCAGGGUUUGGAUCGUCUUUGUCGCUCCAAAAAAUGAGUUUUGCCUUAAAUUGGGGGUGUGGAGGAGCAGGGAAAGGAGCCAUCGCUCCGGUGGAGAUGGGGGAUGCUGGAUGUUGCCGGGUUCCAGCCUCCCUUGGCACCCCCAGAGGGUGAGACCCCCACUCCUGCCCCAUUUUGUGCCUUAGGAGCCUCCUCAGGGGAGAGCAAAAUCACUCAAAACCCUCAAAAAUCACUCAAAUCCCUCAAAAUCACUCAAAUCCCAUUUUUUUUAGCCACGGGAAGAGGGGUGACCCUUCUCGGGGUGAGCACCCAUCCCUCACUUCCCAAAAAUGCUACAAAAACCUCUACCCCAGGGCUGGGGGUGCCUAGGGAGGGGACAGGAAACCCCAGACCCCAAAGCAGGGACAGUCAAGGGUGACACCCUAAGGGUGACAACCCAGCCAGGAGCAAACCUACGGAAAACCGGGGGGGCUGCAGCGCGGGGAGGGGGCGUCGCUUGUCCCCAAUAAAGUUUUUUGGCAGCGCAGUGCAGCGCGGUCGGGGCCGCGUCGGUGCCACCGUCGGGACCGUGUCCGUGUCGCUGUCGCUGUCA